GUUGCAGAAUAUGUCGCCCAAAAAUGGCCGACUCCUUCGCUGGAGCCUAGCUUUGCAACAGUUUUCUUUUGAGGUCAGGUACAAAAAGGGUAAACUGCACACCAACGCGGAUGGCUUGAGCCGACGCUCAAAAGGGUCUGUGGCUGAAGGCGACAUGGCAAAGGGAGGAGAGGAGGAACGUCCUGCGCAAGUGGCAUGCCCCCUACCACCGAAUGCAGUGCAGCAUCCACCAGGUGCCAUGCCAGUCCGGAGAACUAGGGCCAAGUCUGGAGUUGAUACGGCACGGGAUCUGCUGUCCAUUCAGCAGGACCAGCUGGCUGUCCAGCGAGAACUGCUGGCCACACAGCAGGGUCUGCUGGCCACCCAGCAGCAGCAGCUGGCAGUUCAGCAGGAAAUGCUGCUCGUGCAGAGAGAGGCAGUCGAUGCACUCCGUCGACUUGCAAGCAUAUUUGAGCAGUCCGUGGACACAGGGGUGUUGCCCUCUGACCGGAAAAUUAGCUGUAGAGGGACAAGCAGCAGCAAGUGCGCACCAGUCGUCCGCACUGACUUCGCUAGUGCUUCAGCUCGUCGGUGUGCAGAAUCUCCAUCCGCCAGCCGAAUAAAGUUAGGUUACAUGUUGAGACCUCAUGGCGGUUGCAUGGAACAAGAAGAAAAGGAAUGGCGCGGUGUGCGCGGGAAGUCCACCGGAAGACGCUGGCCCCCUGGUGGCGAAAUACACAAAUGCAGCAGUUUGGCUUCUUGGAUACUGGUAAAGUUCAUCUUGGUCUAUAUUUUUCAUGAUUUCUUGAAUCGAAAACUGGGCUUGGACUUCUUGUAA